UCGCCCUCUCCCUGCCUCUUUCUCCCGCUCCCGCUCGCUCGUCUCUCUCGCUAAUACUUCCCCCUGCUGUGCUCCAGGAGACCCAAGCAUUCUCAGCGCUAACCUUAGGGACCCAUGGUGCUCGAAAAGCCUAGAAAAAGCCGCUUCGGGCAGAGAUAGUUGGAAGCCCCUCGUCCCUUCCCCCUCUCCCGGCGCAGCCCAUGCCCGGCUCGCAGCACCUUCUCGCUCCUGCACGCUCUGUUUGGGAGGACGGGGUGAGAAGGUGAAGUGGAAAGAGCUGCAGAGCAGAGGGGCCAGUCUCAGAGCUCAGAUUUCAUUUUCAUUGAAGCAAAGCACAGAAGAUCAGUUUUUUUCUGUUUGUUUGUUUUUGUUUUAAUUCUGCAUUUUUUGGUUCUUUUUUCUUUUUCUUUUUUCAAGAAACUUAUUUUGAGGGGGGGUGGGUUUGCUCUGGGCAUUUGCUUUGCCCAGUAGUUGAAAAGUGAACUCGACUCGUGAUGGUUCUCCUGUCACUUUGGUUGAUAGCAGCCGCUCUGGUAGAGGUUAGGACUUCAGCUGAUGGACAAGCUGGUAAUGAAGAAAUGGUGCAAAUAGAUUUACCAAUAAAGAGACAGAGAGAGUAUGAGCUGGUGACUCCAGUCAGCACAAAUUUUGAAGGACACUAUCUCUCCCAUAUUCUUUCUGCAAAUCACAAAAAGAGGUCAGCGAGGGACGUGUCUUCCAACUCUGAGCAAUUGUUCUUUAACAUCACGGCAUUUGGAAGAGAUUUUCAUCUGCGACUAAAGCCCAACACUCAGCUAGUAGCUCCUGGUGCUGUUGUGGAAUGGCAUGAGGCAUCUCUGGUGCCUGGGAAUAUAACCGACCCCAUUAAUGAUCAUCAACCAGGAAGCGCUUCAGAAAGAAUCUGGAAAACAGAGCCUUUGCAGACUAACUGUGCUUAUGUUGGUGACAUCAUGGACAUUCCGGGAACCUCUGUUGCCAUUAGCAACUGUGAUGGUCUGGCUGGAAUGAUAAAAGGUGAUAAUGAUGAGUAUUUCAUUGAACCCUUGGAAAGAGGUAAGCAGAUGGAGGAAGAAAAGGGAAGGAUUCAUGUUGUCUACAAGAGAUCAGCAGUAGAACGGGCUCCCAUAGAUAUGUCCCAAGACUUCCACUACAGAGAAUCGGAUCUGGAAGGCCUUGAUGAUCUAGGUACUGUUUACAGCAACAUUGACCAGCAGCUGAAUGAAGCCAUGAGGCGACGCAGACACGCGGGAGAAAACGAUUACAACAUCGAGGUGCUGCUGGGAGUGGAUGACUCUGUGGUCCGUUUCCAUGGCAAGGAGCAUGUCCAAAACUACCUCCUCACCCUGAUGAACAUUGUGAAUGAAAUUUACCAUGAUGAGUCCCUGGGAGUGCAUAUAAAUGUGGUUCUGGUGCGCAUGAUAAUGCUGGGCUAUGCAAAGUCCAUCAGCCUCAUAGAACGGGGAAACCCAUCCAGGAGCUUGGAGAACGUGUGUCGCUGGGCUUGCCAACAACAAAAAUCUGAUCCCAAUCAUUCUGAACACCAUGAUCAUGCAAUUUUUUUAACCCGGCAAGACUUCGGACCUGCUGGAAUGCAAGGAUAUGCUCCAGUCACAGGCAUGUGUCAUCCAGUGAGAAGUUGUACCCUGAAUCAUGAGGAUGGUUUUUCAUCUGCUUUUGUAGUAGCCCAUGAAACUGGCCAUGUGCUGGGAAUGGAGCAUGAUGGACAAGGCAACAGGUGCGGUGAUGAGACUGCCAUGGGAAGUGUCAUGGCUCCUUUGGUGCAAGCAGCGUUUCAUCGUUACCACUGGUCCCGCUGCAGCGGCCAAGAACUGAAAAGAUACAUUCAUUCCUAUGACUGUCUCCUUGAUGACCCUUUUGAACGUGACUGGCCCAAACUCCCAGAACUUCCUGGAAUCAAUUAUUCUAUGGAUGAGCAAUGUCGUUUUGACUUUGGUGUUGGUUAUAAAAUGUGCACUGCGUUCCGAACCUUUGACCCAUGUAAACAGCUUUGGUGUAGCCAUCCUGAUAAUCCCUACUUUUGUAAGACUAAAAAAGGACCCCCACUUGAUGGGACCGAAUGUGCUGCUGGAAAAUGGUGCUAUAAGGGUCAUUGCAUGUGGAAGAAUGCUAAUCAGCAAAAACAAGAUGGCAACUGGGGAUCAUGGACCAAAUUUGGCUCCUGUUCCCGGACCUGUGGAACUGGUGUUCGCUUUAGAACACGCCAGUGCAAUAAUCCAGUGCCCAUCAAUGGUGGUCAGGAUUGUCCUGGUGUUAAUUUUGAGUACCAGCUUUGUAAUACAGAAGAAUGCCAAAAACACUUUGAGGACUUCAGAGCCCAGCAGUGCCAGCAGCGUAACUCCCACUUUGAAUACCAGAAUACCAAACACCACUGGUUGCCAUAUGAACAUCCUGACUCCAAGAAAAGAUGCCACCUUUACUGUCAAUCCAAAGAGACUGGAGAUGUUGCUUAUAUGAAACAGCUGGUGCAUGACGGAACGCGCUGCUCUUACAAAGACCCAUACAGCAUAUGUGUGCGCGGAGAGUGUGUGAAAGUGGGCUGUGAUAAAGAAAUCGGUUCUAACAAGGUUGAGGAUAAGUGUGGGGUCUGUGGAGGAGAUAAUUCCCAUUGUCGAACCGUGAAGGGGACGUUUACCAGAACACCCAGGAAGCUUGGGUACCUUAAGAUGUUUGAUAUACCCCCUGGUGCUAGACAUGUGUUAAUCCAAGAAGACGAGGCUUCUCCUCAUAUUCUUGCAAUUAAGAAUCAGGCUACAGGCCACUAUAUUUUAAAUGGCAAAGGGGAGGAAGCCAAGUCGAAGACCUUCAUAGAUCUUGGCGUGGAAUGGGAUUAUAACAUUGAAGAUGACAUUGAAACUCUUCACACCGAUGGACCUUUACAUGAUCCUGUUAUUGUCUUGAUUAUACCUCAAGAGAAUGAUACGCGCUCUAGCCUGACAUAUAAGUACAUCAUCCAUGAGGACUCUGCACCUACAAUCAACAACAACAAUGUCAUCCAGGAAGAAUUAGAUACUUUUGAGUGGGCAUUGAAGAGCUGGUCUCAGUGUUCCAAACCCUGUGGUGGAGGUUUCCAGUACACUAAAUAUGGAUGCCGUAGGAAAAGUGAUAAUAAAAUGGUUCAUCGUAGCUUCUGUGAGGCCAACAAAAAACCAAAACCUAUUAGAAGAAUGUGCAAUAUUCAAGAGUGUACACAUCCACUCUGGGCGGCAGAAGAGUGGGAGCACUGCACCAAAACCUGCGGCAGUUCCGGCUAUCAGCUCCGUGCCGUGCGCUGCCUCCAGCCGUCCCACGAUGGCACCAACCGCUCGGUGCACAGCAAGUACUGCGUGGGUGGCCGUCCAGAGAGCCGCCGGCCUUGUAACAGAGUGCCCUGCCCGGCCCAGUGGAAAACGGGGCCCUGGAAUGAGUGUUCGGUAACCUGCGGCGAAGGGACAGAGGUGAGGCAGGUCCUCUGCAGGGCGGGUGACCACUGCGAUGGUGAAAAGCCUGAGUCUGUCCGAGCCUGUCAGCUGCCUCCCUGUAAUGAUGAGCCAUGUUUGGGAGAUAAAUCCAUAUUCUGUCAAAUGGAGGUGCUGGCGCGAUACUGCUCCAUACCAGGUUAUAACAAGUUAUGUUGUGAGUCAUGUAGCAAGCGCAGCAGCACCCUGCCACCACCAUACCUUCCAGAAGCUGCUGAAACUCAUGAUGAUGCUAUCUUUAACUCCAGUGACCUCCCCGAAUCUCUAAUGAUGCCUACAUCUUUGGUUCCUUACUAUUCAGAGACUCCUGCUGAGAAGAAGAAAUCUUUGAGCAGGAUCUCUUCUGUAGGAGGUCCAAAUGCACAUGCUGCUUUCAGGCCAAACAGUAAAUCCAGUGGUGCUAACCUACCCCAGAGGAGAGCUCAGCCAGCAGAAAAUAAGACUCUGAGACUGGCCUCCCCACCCACCAAGAGUGGCCACCUCAGUUCAUCUCCACAAAUGGCUGCUGCCCCCUUCCUUGCAGCCAGUGAUUCCUUAGGUGCUUCUUCUCAGGCAAGAACCUCAAAGAAAGAUGAAAAGAUUAUUGACAAGAGACGUCCGCUAAGAUCAUCCACGUUGGAAAGAUAAAAAAGUGAAGCCAAAAGGCUAGACAUCAAUGGAAAAUCUGGACAAGCUCGCUCUCCCCGUGGUGCAUACAGCUUGUUUAAAGUGGAAAUCUCCAUAAAUCAUCAACUCAUUUUAUCUGUACAUGGAAGAACAAAAAGUGCUGGUUCACUUUCUAGUUGCUUUCAUCCUCCUUUUGUUCUGCAUUGACUCAUUUACCAGAAUUCAUUGGAAGAAAGCACCAAAGAUUAUUAACCGAAGGAAAGUAAGUUGCUAAGCGUGUUGGUCAUUUUCUAAAGCAGAAAAGGGACUGGAAUCAAUUGUGCAUAUCAGCUGAUUUUUUUUGUUGUUUUAAAAAAGUUACAGUAAAAAUAAAAGAGGUGCCAAUGGUUUACAUUUUAACAAAAGGUUUUGAAAAUGGAGCAAAGAAUUCUUAGACUUGUAUUCCUAUUUAUCUAUAUUAGAAAUAUUGUAUGAGCAAAU